AUGAGUUCCUCAACCUCCAAUUCUCUCUCCACGCGGGAGAGUUGGCGCCUGUUGAUCCUUGUGGGGGUCUGCCUGGGUAUCAUCUUUCAUUCAUUCCAAGGUGAAGGCGCGCCCUUGGUAACGUCAAUCGCCUUCAGUGGGAUCGUAUUUGCGAUUACGUUCAGUCUUAUCCGAUGGCUUGGACCCGUGUUUGUGAAAGCUGGCUUAAAGGGCAGGGACAUGGCGAAACCUCGAAAACCGGAGAUUCCCGAGACUAUGGGUGCAGUAUGCGCCAUCGUCUAUCUCCUAGGUCUCAUUUUCUUUAUCCCGUUUGCUUUCUACAAGGAUAUUGUGGCCGCUACUUCGGGUGGAGGUAACCGCGAUGUUGUACUUGAGGUCGAGCAUGUUGAGACUGGGCGGAUGCUACAUCGGUUUCCUCAUGGAAAGCUUGCAUCCUAUCUCUCUGGACUCCUUUCUCUUCAGUGUAUUGUCCUAUUGGGUAUUGGUGAUGACCUACUUGACAUCAGAUGGAGACACAAAGUCCUCAUACCAGCAUUCGGGGCAAUCCCUAUGCUCAUCGUGUACUUUGUGGACUUUGGUGUCACUCAUGUGGUAGUCCCAGUGCCAUUGCAGCCCUACCUAGGAUCCUUUGUCGAUCUUGGUUGGCUUUAUUAUGCGUACAUGGCUGCGGUGUCCAUAUUCUGUCCUAAUUCUAUCAACAUGCUAGCCGGUAUCAACGGCGUGGAGGUUGCUCAGUCUCUCGUGAUUGCAGUCCUGCUCAUUGCGAACGAUUUACUGUACCUCGCACCCAUUACUCCAUUCCCACACCCCGCCACCGACUCGCACCUCUUCUCUCUAUAUCUUCUUCUUCCUUUUGUCGGUGUAUCGCUAGCAUUGCUGUUUCAUAACUGGUACCCCUCCAAGGUCUUUGUUGGGGACACAUACUGCUAUUUUGCUGGGAUGGUCUUUGCCGUCGUUAGCAUUCUGGGACACUUUAGCAAAACCCUCCUGCUUCUCUUCAUUCCGCAAAUCUUCAACUUUCUAUAUUCGACUCCUCAACUUUUCAAGCUGAUUCCAUGCCCCCGACACCGGCUGCCUCGAUUCAACGGCAUCAGCGGCCUGCUGGACGCCUCCGUGACCGAAUGGACCAUGCCACCUUCGCCGCUCGUUGCGACUGCCUUGGAUCUUCUGCACAGCCUACGACUAGUACGUGUCACGAAGAACGAAAAAGGCCAGAUCAUGGAGUCGACGAAUCUCACUAUUCUUAACCUCUGGCUAGUCUGGUGGGGACCCAUGAGAGAAGACCGGCUAGCCCUCAGCAUGGUCAUUGUCCAGUUUGUUUGCGGUCUUUUUGGUCUCUUUGUGCGACAUUGUCUUGCAUUGCUGGUCUUUCGUGAGGACAACCGAGCGUUUCGAUAUGCAGUCUAG